AUGGCAGUCCUUGCCGUGGAGAAACUUAUUCACCAGAGUACAUUCGAUGAAAGUCAUUUAGUGGCAUCGGCUGCCUUGGACGAGGAGACCAAGCCUGGCCGUACUUCACUUCGCGUCAGCGUCAACAACAAAUCGCAAGUUCUUUGCUCCCUCAUCCCCGGAAGCGUCGACCAACAAAAGCUGGACUUGGCAUUCGCCGAAGGCGAGGAAAUCACCUUUUCUGUUACUGGCGACAAUGUCGUUCAUCUUUCAGGAAACUAUCUCCCAGAUACUGGUGCCCAGGAUGGUGACGAGGACGAGGACGACUACGACGAGGAGGAUGAUGACAUGUACGGCGGAUACGACGAGGACGACGACGGUAACAUUGUGAUUUCCCAGGGUACCAAGCGACUCGCAGAUUUAAUUGGCGACGAGGAUGAGGAUGAGGACUCUGAGGAUGACCCCGACUUCACUGGAGAGGAUGAUGAAGAGGACGAGGAUGAUUCCGAUGACGACGAUGAUGAGGGGAGCUCCAACCCAUAUGCCGCGCAAGCCGAGGGCGACGAAGAUGUCAGCGAAGAGGAGGACGACGACGAGGAUGAUGAGGAGGAGAUCGACGGCGACGAUGACGAAGAUGAAGAUGGUGGUGAUGAUGAUGAUGAGGAUGAUAGUGAGGACGACGAGGACGAGGAGCCCGAACCCGUCAAGAAGGAGGCAGCACCCGCAUCAAAGAAGCAAAAGGUCUCUGAAGAGAAGGCAAUCCCUAUCAAGCCCAAGAAGGAAGCCACCCCAGCCAAGGCCAAGGAGGAGCCAAAGAAGGCACACAAGAAGACUCUCCCCAACGGUCUGGUGAUUGAGGAUACCAAGGCCGGUGAGGGAGCACGAGCAAAGAGCGGCAAGAAGAUCGGCAUGCGCUACAUUGGUCGUUUGGAAAACGGAAAGGUCUUUGACAAGAACACCAGCGGGAAGCCCUUCAGCUUUAAGCUCGGUGCUGGCGAAGUGAUCAAGGGUUGGGACUUCGGUAUCCAAGGCAUGCAGCUCAACGGCGAGCGUCGCCUGACCAUUCCCCCCGCACUCGCAUAUGGCGCCCAGGGAGCACCGCCAGACAUUCCCCGCAACGCGACCUUGGUGUUUGAGGUCAAGCUUGUCUCCUUGAAGUAA